GCUUUUUUUUAAUUCUCCAACUUGUCCUUCGUUUUCAAACCUUCCCUCUUCUCUAUAAAUAAAAAAUUUCCAACUCCAACUCUGUCGCCAUUACUCCUUCUUCCCCCCCUUCACACUGCCCUUGUGUUCUCUCCUUUCUAAUUUAUAAUUUAAAUCAGUUUGCUUUCCUUUGAUUUCUUUUAUUUUCUUGAUCUGUUCCAAAAUGCCGGCCGUCGGAAUCGCUACCGGUGGGAGUAAUAAAGCCUAUCCGGGGAAUCUUACUCUCUAUGUCACCGUCACAUGUAUCGUCGCCGCCAUGGGCGGGCUUAUUUUCGGUUACGAUAUUGGAAUUUCAGGUGGGGUGACUUCGAUGGAUUCAUUCCUGAGUAAGUUUUUCCACUCGGUGUUCGUAAAGAAGAACGACAGAAAAUCGAACAACCAGUACUGUCAAUACGACAGUGAGACGUUGACUUUGUUCACGUCGUCGCUUUACUUGGCGGCGUUGUUGUCGUCGUUGGUGGCGUCGACGGUGACGCGUACAUUUGGGCGGAAAUGGUCUAUGUUAUUUGGUGGUGUGUUGUUUUGUUCAGGUGCUAUUAUCAAUGGCGCUGCUAAGGCUGUUUGGAUGCUUAUUCUUGGUCGUAUUUUGCUUGGUUUUGGCAUCGGCUUUGCCAAUCAGUCAGUGCCAUUGUACCUAUCUGAAAUGGCUCCAUACAAAUACAGAGGAGCCCUCAACAUUGGUUUCCAAUUGUCAAUCACUGUUGGGAUUCUAAUAGCCAAUGUGUUGAACUAUUUCUUUGCAAAGAUCAAAGGUGGUUGGGGAUGGCGUUUGAGUUUAGGUGGUGCUGUGGUUCCUGCUCUUAUUAUCACUGUUGGAUCGUUGGUCCUCCCCGACACUCCCAACUCGAUGAUUGAGAGAGGACGUUGCGACGAGGCUAGACAUCAACUUAAAAGGAUUCGUGGAAUUGAUGACAUUGAUGAAGAGUUCAAUGACCUUGUUGCAGCCAGUGAUGCAUCAAAGCAAGUGGAGAAUCCUUGGACUAAUCUGUUGAAGAAGAAAUACAGACCGCAUCUUACAAUGGCCAUUUUGAUUCCUUUCUUCCAACAGCUCACUGGUAUCAAUGUCAUCAUGUUCUAUGCUCCUGUUCUAUUUAAUACCAUCGGGUUUGGAAAUGAUGCUGCCCUCAUGUCUGCUGUGAUCACUGGUGUCGUUAACGUUGCUUCUACGGUUGUUUCGAUCUAUGGUGUUGACAAAUGGGGAAGAAGGUUUCUUUUUCUCGAGGGCGGAGUUCAAAUGUUGAUAUGUCAGGCGGUUGUGGCAGCAGCAAUUGGUGCUAAAUUUGGAGUUAAUGGAGACCCAGGCGAGUUGCCCAAAUGGUACGCAAUUGUGGUGGUGCUGUUCAUUUGCAUAUAUGUUGCGGGCUUCGCAUGGUCAUGGGGGCCUCUAGGUUGGUUGGUUCCCAGUGAAAUCUUUCCCUUGGAGAUUCGUUCGGCUGCACAAAGUGUAAACGUUUCGGUGAACAUGUUGUUCACAUUCAUCGUAGCUCAAGUCUUCUUGACAAUGCUUUGCCAUUUGAAAUUCGGGUUGUUCAUUUUCUUUGCCUUCUUUGUUCUACUCAUGUCGAUAUUCAUCUUCUUUUUCUUACCGGAAACCAAAGGCAUUCCAAUUGAAGAGAUGAAUCAAGUUUGGAAGAGUCAUUGGUAUUGGAAGAGGUUUGUGCAUGACAGUCAUUUGCCUAAUGGAAAGGGCGGAGUUGAGAUGAAAAGUGGAGGAUAUGCAUAAAAUUGGGUCAUUAUAAUUGCUGGGAUUAUAUAUAUUUUGUUUCCUUAGUGAACAUGGAUGAGACACUUCACAUAUCAAAUAUCAAUUUGUCAAUGACAUUUAGAUUAUUGUGUAAUUAAUUAAUUAAGCGUGAAAUGAUGGAAUUUGAUUUUAUUUAUGAAAAAUUAGUUGAGAUGA